AGUACUUUGAAUUCACCCACACUUCCUUUUGUCGCUGCAAGCAAGUUCCUAUCUGAGCAGAGCACACACAGCCACGCUACGGGGUCAGCCGGACAUGUUUUGGUGGCUGCUGCUCACCUCCCUCCUCCAGCAAGCAAGCAAGGUGUGUGCCAGUGAUGGGAUGGAUGUGGCUGCAGCUGAGGGCAAGUCUGUCACGUUCCACCUUCAGAACCUGAUAGGAGAGAACUUGGUCUGGAGCUUCCGUGGCGAACCCAUAUUGUUCAUCAAAUUGGGGGCACCUCCUGAAGUCACAGUUACUGACAAAUCCUUCAUGUCCCGCGUGGUCUUCCCCAGCAAUGGCAGCUCACUCACCAUCUUGCAGCUGAGGAGGAGUGAUUCUGGCACCUACUUAGCAAAAAAUAAUGAGUUCAAAAUGAAAUUCAUCCUCCACGUGUACCGUGAACUGUCAGAGCCAACAGUGAGCUGCACCAGGUGGAACUGCUCAGCUGAGAGCUGCAGCUACAUGCUGCACUGCUCAGUGGACCCCCCUGAGGACAGUUCCUUCUUUUGGAGCUACAAUGAGCAGCCAGAGAGUGAAGAACCUGAGUUGUUGGUGGUGGAGAGGCAGCACCCUGCAGAUCCAGACCCUCUGCCAUAUACCUGCACAGCAAAGAACCCCAUCAGCAGCCGCAACACCACAGUCUUUCCCUCUGCCCUUUGUGCAGAAAGCACAGCCCGCAUCCCUGUUACAGACACCUUUUCCAGCAGACACACUGUCACCAUAGUGGGAUUUGUGAUUGGACUGCUCUCACUCUUGGCUAUCAUCAUUAUUGCUAUUAAAUUAAAAGGAAGGAGGAGCCACAACCUACCUGGUCCUGCAUCUCCCAGAGCAGGGCUUGAAGCAGAGAACACGACGGUGUAUGCUGAGGUCGGUUCUAUCCAGCAGAUGCACGUGUUCCCUAGGGAACAGAAAGGUGACCCAAAGAAGUCGCCAGCCUCAGAUUUGGAGACCUCCAAAACCAUUUAUGCCACCGUCCAAAACGUGGCUCAGUCUCAGACAGAUGAUGAGAAGAUGAGCAGCAGGAUGCUGGGGCACUGUGAGCAGGAGAAAAGCCCCUACUCAACAGUGGCUGAGCUGUAUCCCAUAGCACAACCUUGCAGUGCCCACAUGCCUGCUGUGAGCAUGGAUCUGCUCUCUGCCACUGGGGAUCCAUCACAGAGACAAGGAGACGAGCACUCUGGGGACGCAGUGCUCACCUGGGACAAGAGCUCUGAUCAUGUGUUGCCAUCUGGGUGAGGUUUGGGAUCCUAUCUCUGCGCUCUGUGGCCACACCAAAGGACAAGGAUCAAAGCUGUGGCUGCACACCCAGCCCUGCCCUGCAGAGACGUUGCUCUUGGGAUGCUCCCACAGCAAGAAACCUCAGCAGAAGCUGCACAGAGGGACAGGAGGACUCAAUGAGCCCCUUCCAGUCACAAUUUUAUUUGCUUCUUUUAACUUGCUGAAUACUUUACUGCUUCGGUUACUGAACAAAGAAAGUAAAAAUAACACUUUGUGAAACGUGGUAGAAAAUCAAGUGUGAAAACACUCACCUUUGCCAUCCUUGCAUCAACCUCAUGGUCUCCAUAGUGCCUAUUCACUACACCCAGCAUUGCUCUGUGCUGCAGUUCAGCUACGUGUGGUCCUGCAGGAGAUGGUGCAGGGCUGCACUGGGAAGGAGGGGGUUCAUUCUCAGGGGAAUAUGUGACAAGGAAUGUGGCUCGGUGCCAUUCUGCACAACUCCUUUUAUAUACUGGUAUGUGAAGCACUGGAGCCUUGUGGUUACAAGGAGCUCUGAGCCCCCCUGAGCAGCUGCCAGCCUUGAGAUGCUGCAUGGGGAACACAGCUGGGGCUGCUCCUUAGCAGGGACUGGGCUUCAGGGGAGGGGGGAUGUGAUGCUCUGCUUGUCCCAGUGCCCCUCGCCAUCCAUUUCCAGACGGACACCACUCCCAACGUGCUGCUUCCCCAGCUCUUUGUCUUGUCUGCACGGAUACUGAAUUAUUCAGGGAUGGAACCGGAGAUCCUUUGAAGUGCUUGGCACAGGAGAGCCCUCUAGGAGCUGCCAGAAUAGAAAUGCAAGGCACAUCUGAGCUCCAUUUCUUUCUGCUUCUCUCUUUCUUUUUUUCGGAUGAAAACCAUCUUAUUGACAAACCCACGGUGUGUUUUCUACAUUUUCAUACCGUGGUCAUGCAUGGUUCAUUUUUUCUGUGUCUUGAAUUCGUAUCCAUCAAAUAAAAACAGAUUUGAUCCUCUGUG